AUGUCUCACACUACCGCUGGAUUUGGUACUCGUGCAAUUCACGUUGGUUCAGAGGCCAAUGCUGAAACCGGUGCUGUGAUUGCUCCCAUCUCUUUGAGCACUACAUAUAAACAAGACGGCGUUGGUAAACACAAGGGCUACGAAUAUUCUCGCUCUGGAAAUCCCAAUCGGGAUCAACUAGAGCGCUUACUAGCUUCGAUCGAAGCUGGUGGAGGUGACGCUGUUGCCUUUGCUUCGGGAUCUGCAACCACCGCAACUGUCCUACAAGCUCUUGGACCCAAUGCUCACGUCGUCAGCGUCAACGACGUAUAUGGGGGCACGUUUCGUUAUAUGACCCGAGUAGCCAAGGAGAAUCAAGGUCUCGAGACUACAUUUGUAGACCUCGAGAACAGCUCGGACGAGCAAAUCACUGCGAGCUUCCGAGACAACACCAAGCUGAUAUGGAUUGAGUCACCGACCAACCCCACACUGCGCUUGAUUGACAUACGACGAAUUGUUCGCCUUGCUCACGCUCACCCAUCUAACCCUCUCGUAUUGGUCGACAACACAUUCUUGUCACCAUUCUAUUCUUCCCCGCUUCUCCUUGGAGCCGAUGCUGUAGUACACAGCUUGACCAAGUACAUCAACGGUCACUCCGACGUGGUCAUGGGCGCUCUGAUUGUCCCUUCGGCAUCCACACACCCUCGCGCGGCUGCAUUCGCCGAGCGCACUCGGUUCUUACAGAACGCCACAGGUGCCGUUCCGAGCCCUCAUGAUUGCUGGCUGGCUCACCGUGGUGCCAAGACCUUACAUCUUCGCAUGCAGGCCCAUGGCCGCAAUGCCCUCAAAGUUGCCGCUUAUUUACAGGCAAUUGCCGGGCCCGAGUCUGCCGUUGAGAGUGUAACCUACCCAGGACUUGCUACUCAUCCUCGUCACGAACUCGCCGUUAGACAGCUCUCCCCUCAUGCCAAGAAAUUCAUCGACACACUCUCAUCCAAGGAGACCGCGACGGGCGUCCCUUUCGGAGGAAUGAUCAGUUUCAGGAUCCGAGGCGGACUUGAUACUGCUGAAUCCUUCUUGGUUAAUAGCCAAUACUUUACGUUGGCAGAAAGCUUGGGUGGUGUUGAGAGUUUGGGUGAAGUACCUGCCAUUAUGACUCACGGAUCUAUUCCUGAAGCCGAGCGCGCUGCGUUGGGAAUUAGUUCCAAUCUUAUCCGCUUGAGCGUUGGUGUCGAGGAUGCGGAUGAUCUCAUUGCCGAUAUUCAUCAGGCACUCAAGGCUGCAGUACCCGGGCUGGCCGUCCCCGAGCCGCUUGCGAUUAAGACGCCCGAAGCGAGCCGUAGCGUCAACGAUACCCCAGAAGGAAGUGUCCCAGCGACCCCUGCUGAUGCCCUCCCAGCUCAACCGCUCUCUAAGCCUCUAAAGCUGGAGGAAAUGUCACAGAUCUCUUACUAG